AUCCUUCCUUCUUCACACCAAAAUCCCACACUCUUCCUCUCUGCUUUCUCACACGCAAUGCCCAAUAGCAAUACGAGAGAAGCAGAAGAAUAGAGAUUUCCCUUCCUUCCUUCCCUCCCUUCUCAUCUUUCUGUCUUUCUCAUUGCUUUUUUUCCCCCCCAUCACUUCCACACUCCCCACUCAUUCACUCACUCAACAAAAGCUCUGCCCUGCUAUUCUCUUUCUCCUCCAUCCCCCUUCCCCCACAUUCUCCCAAUCCCUCGCCUCAUUCCAGAUUUGGAGAAGUGGGUUUUUCUGGGUUUUCCCUCUUCUCCUCGAUUCACUUCAAAACAAUGGAGGACGACAACACCAAGGAGAAGAAGAAUCUGGAAGAUCAGGUCCGCCUGCCGCCGCCACCGCCCGCCGCCCUGCUGCUCGGCAAUGCCGCAUCCGACGCCGCCGAUAACCAAAUCAACACCGAUUCGCCGGCCAACUCCCGGAAGCAAGGCGGCCUAAUCACCAUGCCAUUUAUUAUAGCAAACGAGGCGUUCGAGAAGGUGGCCAGCUACGGGCUAGCACCCAACAUGAUAAUGUAUCUGAUGAAGGAUUACAAGAUGGGAGUGGCGAAAGGGACAAACAUUCUCUUCCUCUGGUCAGCUGCCACGAACUUCACUCCCCUUUUCGGCGCUUUCAUGUCCGACUCUUUCCUGGGGCGCUUCCUCACCAUCGGCCUUGCCUCCCUCUCCAGCCUCCUGGGAACAAUCUUACUGUGGCUAACAGCAAUGAUUCCUCAAGCAAAGCCACCACAGUGCCCCACAACAGCAACCCUUUCACUCUGCAGCACGACUCCAACAGCAGGCCAACUCACUCUUCUCUUCUCAUCCUUGGCUUUAAUCUCCAUUGGAGCAGGAGGCAUCAGGCCAUGUUCCUUGGCAUUUGGUGCUGACCAAGUCGACAACAGAGCCAACCCUGCCAAGAACAAGAGGAUCCUUGAGACCUUCUUUGGUUGGUACUAUGCCUCCACUGCCCUUUCAGUCUUGAUUGCUCUCACCGCCAUUGUCUACAUUCAAGACCACCUAGGAUGGCGAGUUGGCUUUGGGGUUCCAGCCAUCCUGAUGCUCCUCUCAGCCUUGUUCUUCUUUGUUGCUUCCCCAUUGUAUGUGAAGCAUAAAGCUAGCACGAGUUUGCUCACAGGUUUUGCUCGGGUAGCUGUGGUUGCUUACAAGAACAGGAAGCUCCCUUUCCCUUCUGGAAACAUUGGUGGAUGGUACCAUGUGGGCAGAGAUUCAAACCUUCUGGCCCCUUCCAAGAAACUAAGGUUCUUGAACAAGGCAUGCAUAGUGAUCGACCCAGAAAUCGAAAUAUCCCCAGAUGGAACAGCAAAAUAUCCAUGGAACCUAUGCACAGUGCAGCAAGUGGAAGAGCUGAAAGCACUCAUCAAGGUCUUCCCCAUAUGGUCUAGUGGAAUCAUGCUCUCCAUAAACACUAGCCAGACUUCAUUUCCAGUAAUCCAAGCUAGUUCCAUGGACAGGCACUUGACUUCAGGGUUCAAAAUCCCAGCAGCUUCAUACUCCAUGUUCUUAGUCGUCACCAUAAUCAUCUGGGUCGUCUUCUACGAUCGAGCAAUCCUUCCUCUUGCUUCAAAACUACGUGGGAGGCCAGUCAAGCUUAGUACGAAACUCAGGAUGGGGCUCGGCCUAGUGGUCUCGUGCCUAAGCAUGGUGGUGGCAGCUUCAGUUGAAGGAGCUCGAAGAAAGAAGGCCAUAGAGGAAGGCUACUUGAACAACCCUCUAGGUGUGGUGAGCAUGUCUGCAAUGUGGCUUGUACCUCAGUAUGUUUUGCUAGGGCUAGCAGAGUCAUUGAACGCGAUUGGCCAGAUCGAGUUCUACUACUCCGAGUUCCCUAAGACUAUGUCGAGCAUUGCUUCCUGCCUGUUUGGACUUGGAAUGGGGGUGGCGAGCUUGCUGGCGAGUGUUGUGCUGAGUAUUGUGAACAGGGUGACUUCAAGAGGCGGGAAGGAUGGGUGGAUCAAUGAUAACAUAAACCGUGCUCGGUAUGAUAACUACUACUACCUGCUUGCUGUGAUGGGGGCCAUAAAUUUGGUCUACUUUGGUGUCUGCAGUUGGAGUUAUGGAGCUUGUGAGGAGGACAUGACAAGGAAAGUUGGGAAUAAUGAGGAGAACGGGGUUGAAAUGGGGAAUGGAAGAAGUAAUGGUUUGGAAGGUAAAGAUCAUGAACAAGUGAUUAGAUGAGCAUUUUCGGCUUGAAGAUUAAAGCUUAAUUGGGAGAAGUUAUUUGAGCAAGGUUUGUUCGGUUAUCUGUGUUUUUAGCUUUAUGGCUUUGUUUGUAUGAUAAUAGUGAAGCAUUUAUUAACUAUGUCCACUGGUGUGCAUAGAUAUAUAUAUAUAGAUACUAGGGUGAUUUUGUAAUGCUUUUGGGGCUUCUAUGUUCAUUUUGUUCCUUUGGUGUUUGGGUUUGGUGGAGUGGCAUUUCCAAAUGAGUGUACUGUUUGGAGUCUCUUUUCUCCAUAUCAUAUAUAUGAAAUGAGAUUUCAAUUUAUACUUUGGUA